CAGCUGUUUCAAGCUCAGGGAAUAUAUCUGAGCCGGCAUCUCACCCAUGCCAGUCAGUCGAAGCACAGCCGUUGUCGCGGAGUGUGCUCCAAGAGAAACCAACACGAAUUUUUUUGGUGAUCAAGGCAUUCUUCUUUUCAACAUUCCCCAAAGUGAAGAUCGCGAUCUUUAUAAGAGUGUUUUUUUUUCUAAUUUUCUUCUUUUUUUUGUGAAUUUUAAUAUAUUGAAAUUCUUGUGUGCCAUUAUGAGUUAGAAGAUUACAUUCAUUUUCUCAAUAGACGAUUUUGUGGUAAAUUGAGCAAUUACUUAAAGACAACAAAAAAAACAUUAAAGACCGUAAAACGCGAAAAAGAGUAAAUCGAUUUGGGAGAAAAUUUAGUUCAAAAAUGAAAUACCAUGUGGAUGCACCAAUUUUGAAGAUGAAUGAAAGAUGGCAUAUACCGAGAGCUUCACUUAGCGGAAGUCACACAUCAUCAAGUGGACAAAGUAUUGGAUCUAAUUCAUCAGACAUCUCCUCACUCAGGGAGUUUCAAAUGCGUCGUCCACCGGAAGGGAUUCACACGUGUACCGGAUCCGAACAGGAGAAUCGUCUCCGUGAACUUCAGUCACGCUUCGGUGACACCACGCGCCGCCAAAAUACACUUGAGAACCCAAAGCGUGGCUCAAGAUCUUCCCAAGGAUCCUCAGACAGCAAUCAGAGUACUCAGAGCGCCUCUUCUGGCUCACUCUUACUGACCGUGGCAAAUCUGGAGGAAUUCACCCAGAGAACACUGCGAAAGACCCCAACGUGUGUACCAAUCCCCUCUGGAAGAUCAUCAUCGAGAUACUUUUCCAAUAUUACUCUGCCACCAACCCUGGAGGACACAAAUCCAACCCAGGAGGGUAAAACCAAAGAUAUGGAUUCCGUCUCGAUGGCCAGUUCCACGCACUUCACCGUGGUGAAUGGAAUGGGUGGACAACAGCACAUUGCUAAGAGUGGAUUCUGCACAAGAGGCCACCAGAUAACCAUUCUCAUUCUUAGCAUGAGCUUUGUCUUCCUCAUUGGCAUCAUUGCGGCAGUCUUUCUGCUCGAGAUGCGCGCUCGAGACAUGCCAAAGUGAUUGAGAGGCAUCCCAGAUGACGCAUGGAUUUUACGAUAUUACCAAGAGAGUAUUUUUUUUCGCCCAAAACUUAACUGUCUCCAAUGUUGAUAGAGACAAACUAUAUUUAUGUAUUUCAAUCACCUUGUAACUUAAUUUAAUAUCAACCUGCCAAUGUCUUAGUGGAAUCCUAAGGACCACCUACAGGCAGUAUCUACGGCCUACGAUCUAUCAAUCUAUCCGGAAAGUGUGUGUUUCUUCUAUUAACUCGUUUAUAUUCUGUGAUAUUCGUAAGGAAUAAAAAAAAACUAUACGAAAAAAAA